UCUUCUGCAUCUGAAGUCAAUCACCUCAUGUAUGAUCUGUUCCCUCAGCACACUUAAAAAAAUGCAAACAAAAAAUAAAUAUAGAAAUAAAUAAAUAAACAAUAAUUCAGAGUAAGUCAUAGGUGUGGAGCUCAGUUUCAGAGGCGUCUGUGUCUCCGUCUAACCCGCCUCAUGACGGUGUAACUCGGCGCUGCUGCUGCUGCUGCUCAGGCCCUCGGUGCGCGGCCACGGCUGCAGCUUUGUGCUGCUGCACUGAUCCACACACACACACACACACUCAGGGGUGACAGUCACACACACACACACACACACUGGACACCUGAGCGUUUAUCCUUGGAUGUAAGUUGGACGCACAGCGGCUCAUCAGUGAGCAGCUGCUGGACUCUGGAGGUUUUUCACGCCGCGUCCUCCACCUCCACCUCCACCUCCAGCAGCAGCACCUGACACAAAACCGGCCCUAAAUCUCCCACACAUCCCAUCCUGCUCUGUUCAACCUGAAACUCAUCCUCACAGGAAGGAAACAGGAGCAGGAAUCAGCUGAAAUAAAGAAAAGGCCGCUGCUGCUAAAUAUUAGCCUCGGAAACACUUUAAUGGAGCUGAUUGGGUGUUUGCGCAACAUUGUUGUGCAUAAUUAAAAAUAAUCACUUGCUGCUAACACCACACACACACCACCUCCCUGAAAAAAAAAUCAGUUUGACGCUGUCAUAGGCCUUAAAUGCAAAUAAGCAGCUACCUUCAGCUUUUCUACUGGUUCAGAUGAGUGUGUUAAAUGUCCUGGAGAUAUGCGCGCGCGUGUGGUGUGUGUAUGUGCACGCGCGCGUGUAUGUGCGGGGGGCUCCUCUCUGGACGAAUCCGUUCCGUGUUGCGCGUUCCGAGUCCGCCUCUCCGCGCCCCUGCUUCCCCAUUGACGCACUUUUUAAGCGUCUUCCCCCCCUUCUCCACCUUAAGGCGAGCAGCAGCGGCAGCGACCAAUCACCAUGCCAUUACAGCCUUCAGAGGAAGCUGUUUAUGGGACUGCAGCGCUAAUUAGGCUCAUGAACUAACAAAUCUGCCUGCACGAACCCGGCGAGGAAAACGAUCACAUCCAUGGAUUAGUCUGGGAGUAGCCGAGCACUUUUUAUUUUUGGCUUCCUCGGCGCUGCCGCCUUUUCCCAACUUAUUUUACUGCGCAGAAACUUUCCCCCUUUUCUUGGGUGUGGAGUAUUUUUUAAGCGAGAGCGCCUCCGACGACUUUAACUUAAACUGGGGAAUCUGGACUAUCAGACCAUGUUUCAACCUACACCCAAGAGGUGUUUUACUAUAGAGUCUUUAGUGGCGAAGGAUAAUCCCGUACCGGCGUCCCGCUCCGAGGAGCCCAUCAGGCCAGCGGCUCUCAGCUAUGCAAACUCCGGCCAGAUGAACCCCUUUCUGAACGGCUUUCACUCCGGCGGCAGGGGCGUCUACUCUAACCCGGACUUGGUGUUCGCCGAGGCGGUCUCUCAUCCGCCAAACUCCGCCGUCCCGGUGCAUCCGGUGGCCCCGCCGCACGCUCUGGCCGCUCACCCGCUUUCCUCCUCGCACAGUCCGCACCCUCUUUUCGCCAGCCAGCAAAGGGACCCCUCAACUUUCUACCCCUGGUUAUUACACAGAUAUAGGUACUUGGGUCACAGAUUUCAAGGUAAUGAAACGAGUCCGGAGAGCUUCCUUUUGCACAACGCGCUGGCCAGAAAGCCCAAAAGAAUCCGGACAGCUUUUUCACCCUCGCAACUCCUGCGGCUCGAACACGCGUUUGAGAAAAACCAUUACGUGGUGGGAGCAGAAAGGAAACAGCUCGCCCACAGCCUUAGCCUCACAGAAACUCAGGUAAAAGUGUGGUUUCAGAACCGGAGGACGAAGUUCAAGCGACAGAAGUUGGAGGAGGAGGGCUCGGAGUCUCAGCAGAAGAAGAAGGGAUCGCAUCACAUAAACCGGUGGAGACUGGCGACUAAACAGGCGAGUCCGGAGGAGAUUGAUGUCACCUCGGACGAUUAAAAAACAAACAAACAAACAAACAAAAAGACACAUGAAGCGUCUGUGUGAAGGAGGACGUGGAUAACGGAUGCCGUGUAGAGACAAUGAGAGGGCGAAAAAACACAAAGCCAAUGUCACGUUUCAGAUCUCCGGAGAUCGGCAGCUGAGGGUGAGAGAAACCCGCCUGGUGGCUCUGCUGUCACCACGAGGGUCUGUCAAUCCAAGAAAAGAAAAAAAAGACCCGGGAAAAUGUGACUGACAGUGUCUCAGUCCACCUACCUGCAGCACCACCACCACUACAACCCCCAUCCACCACCACCAAUUAUUUCUCUCUCUCCAAUUCAUAUUGGACGUUUGCACUUCAGAAGGUUUUUCUUUUUAUAUUAUUAUUAUUUCUAAUUUUUAAAAUUUAAAAAAACGUUUCCACUCAAGAUACCAAAACACCAAACUGCUUUUGUAAAACUUGAAAUGCAUGAUAUAGUUUUUUUUCUCCUGGUAGUUGUUUUAAUUUGACAAGUUUUCUCGAACCAAGACAAAAAAAAUAUUAAUAAUAAUCAAUUUUGUUUUUAACUCUAUUUUCAAACUGAACUGAGAGAUGUCGUGCUUCUUCCUUUUUACAAAGUGUGCAGUCUUUAAUUAAUGAUUCUCGUGUAAAAGUGAUUGUGAAAACAUAUGAAGUAGCGGUGCUGCGUUAUAGUGUUUUUUUAAGAAAAGAAAAAGUGAAUUUCGAUUUAAAAAAAAAGAAAAAAGGGAAAAGUUCUUUCUAAAAAAGUCAAUCAGACCACAGAUAAAGUACUUAAAGGGAAGGUAUCAGGACAUUCCUUUAACCUAAAGCUUUACCAAUGUGUCGCUGUGCCCCCCCAGCCCCUAACUCCCCCAUACAGCCUUCUGUCAGGACUUGACCCUCCAGUGAAAGUUGCCACGAAGGACUAAACACAAGAAUUGAGAAAAUGAUUUUAAAAAAAAAGAAAAAAAAAACUUCAAGCACUGAGCGUAUUCCAUGUACAGAAAUGCUAAAAGUUAAUGUUUCUGUUAAACCCUCUUUUACAGAAUGUAAAUAAUUUUUGUGUUUGUGUUAAGUUUGCUACAAUUUUAACACAAAGUAUACUUCCAAGAAGUAUGUAAUUGUCAAUAUUUUGUCAAUAAAGUUUUAUCAAUAUGUUGCGCGCAGUAAAAGUAAA